GGAAGGUGGCGGUGGCCGUGUCCUGCCGCGAGCCCUACCUGUGCGCGCAGUGCCACACGGACUUCACGUGCCGCUGGCGGGAGGAGAAGAACGGCACCAUCAUGUGCGAGACCUGCAUGGCCUCCAACCAGAAGAAGGCCCUGAAGGCCGAGCACACGAACCGGCUCAAGGCCGCCUUCGUCAAGGCCCUGCAGCAGGAGCAGGAGAUCGAGCAGAGGAUCCUGCAGCAAACGGCCCCUCCCGGGCAGCCCAAGGCCGAGCCCGUGGGGCAGCACCACGCGCUCAAGCAGAGUUCCAGCCAGAUGUCCCGAGGUGCUUCCCGAGGGGUCCUGCACUCCUACAGCUCCUCUCCCAAAAUCCAGAGCUCCUCGGGCAGCGCCGCCCUCGGCAGCCGGCCCGGAAAACACGAGAGGUCAGGCAGCAAGGGCAGCUCAGGAGCCUGGAAGAAAAACCCCAUCAGCACAGGUGGGGCCCUGCCCUUCGUCAGCCCCGCUCUGGCCGUGCACAAAUCGGCCUCGGCCGUGGACCGGCAGCGCGAGUACCUGCUGGAUAUGAUCCCGCCCCGCUCCAUCCCACAGUCGGCCACGUGGAAAUAAUUCCCGAGGGACAACUUUGCCAGGCUCUGCCAUCCUUUAUUUUUUUUUUUUCUGUUGUUUUUCUACCACAAUUCCGUGGAAUCUGCUUUAAAUCCCAGCUGGAUAACGCCCCGAGGCUUUUCUAGGAUGCAACAACACCACCACUCCUCAUCCGUCCCUGCCGGGAGAAGUGACCGCGUCGGGGUGGCCGAAUCCCGGCUCCCUUGGCUCCCAGAUUUUUCAUGGAAGCUGGCAGGGGAGAAAAAAAACAAAACAAAACAAAACAAAACAAAACAAACAAAAAAGGGGAAGAAUUCCUUAAAAAUUUUUUUUUUUUUUUUUUUUUUUUUGGUUGGCUUUUCUUUUUUCCGUAUUUCGUUUUGAAAUUUUUUUGGCACCAGCACCAAAAAAAAAAAAAAAAAAAAAAAUUUAGAAAGGACUCAGCGAUUCCUCCUCUCUCUCUCUCUGCCUUCGCCACCGACGCCGAACUUUUUGCCGGGAACGCUUCGGAGUUCCGGAAUUUUGGGGCGUGGACAGAGGAAUUCCAGCCCCAUCCUGCAUUUAGUGAGCCAAGUUCAUGGCUGCUCCUUUUCCCUGCUCCUCUUCCAGCCGGGAAAUCAGGCGGCACAUCCCGAUAUUCCCAAAAUUCCGACGAUUCCGUGAAGAAGAAAGUGCAAAAUUCCCGAUUCCGGUUGAGUAUGGAUGGUUUGGUUGGUUUUUUUUUUUUUUUUUUCUCCCCCUUGGCUGGGAAGUGGGAAUUGCUGCGGGAGAAUUCCCACUUUUUUUUCUUGGAUUCUGGUUGGAAUAGACUUUGGAACCAUUGGUAGUUCCUAAACCUUGAGAGACAAAAAAAAAAAAAAAAAAAAGAAAACACCUUUGGUUAUUUCUCAUCCCGUGAAUUUUGGGCCUUCCCGACGUUUCCCAGAGACUCCAAAGUGAAACUUUUUGGGAAUUUUCUUUUUUUCCUUUGGGAGGGUUGGUUAGGUUGGUUGGUUGUUUUUUUUUUUGUUUUGUUUUUCCUUUUCUGUUCUUGUUUUGAGGGAUAUUAUUCCAAAAAAUUUAUAGGAAUUCCAGCAGCUGAUGCAGACAAGGAGGGUUGGGAGCAAUUCCCAAAAUUCCCACCGGGAAUUCUGGCCAUUCCCAAUCCUUCCCUCUAUGAUUCGAGUUCUUCCAGGCAUCCCAAGCAUGCUCCUGUAUCCAUUUGGGAUGGAGUUUUCCAUCUUUUUUUUUUUUUUUUUUUUGGGAAUUCCAGAGGUUCAACCCAAAAUCCAUCCAGGGCUAGUUUGGUUUCAUUUUGCUUUCUCAUAAUUUUUUUUUUAACUUGGGCUUCUUCCCAAAUUCCAGAAAAUCCAAGGGGCAGAAUUCCAGGCCUUAGAAGAAUUCUUUGGGAAAUUUUCUUGGGGAAAUUAUAAAUAUAUAUAAUUUAGAGAUCUAUAUAUUGAAAAGAAAAAAAAAAAAAAAAAGAAAAAAAAAAGAGGAGGGGAAAAAAUUCAGGAAAAGCCGAAUUUAUUUUCUUAGGAAUUGCUGAAGCCAAGAAUUCCUUUGGAUCCCAGUGACAAAACCCCUCCCUUUUCCCACUUUUCCUGACAUCUCAAUAUUUAGGAAUUUAGCUUAGGAAAAGAAAAACCCACAAAACUCAUUUUCCAAACUGGGAUUUGUUGGAUAAAAAGCCCCAGAAUUCCCACUCGGAUGUGGAUUUUGGGGAUGUUUUCCAUAGGGAUGUGAAGAGCUCAAAUGUGGGAAUUGGGUUGGAAUUUUGGAAUUUGGAGUUUUCUUUUCAUUCCAAGCUUGGAUCGGGAGAUGCUGACAGAGGGAUGACGUGGAAUUCCAUAAAUUCCAUCAGAUUUUAUGGAAAAGUUGCCGUUCCUUUCCCACGUGGAAUUUUUUGGGGUUGAUUCAGAGGGAUUUUCCUCUCCUGGUUUUUUUUUUUUUUUUUUUUUUUUUUUUUUCCUCAUGGAUGCCAACAUUUGGAAAAAGUUCAUUUAUUCCUCCCCCUCCCCGCCCAAAAAAAAAAAAAUCCCAACAAAAUUCCUCCAAUUAAAAUCCGAAAUUUUAUUUUAAGGGUUGGUUUAUUCCUGGUGUUUGGAUGAUUCCUGAAAAAAAAAAAAACAAACAAAA